CAUCUCCAUCUCUAACCCGCCCUGCUCGACGCCAUCCCACCUUAGCUAGUAGAGCUAGCCCUCAUCACGCUCCCAUUACCAUCAGCUGGCCUCGCCCUCUCCUCUCAUCAGUCGCAACAGCACCUCAGCCGCAAUCCCACCUCACCUUUCCAACCCCACACUGAUCUCUUGUUCCUCUCUCCACCUGCUAUGCUGACCAACACCUCCCUCCCUAAGCUAACCUCCUUACCAACGCCGCUGCUACUGACCCACUCACAUUCUCUACGACGAUGACUGACCUCUCUCAUCGCUCUACGCUCGUCCACUCGCUGCUGCUGCCUGGCGGCGGUGGUGGCGAUGUGGGCGAGGAGCAUCCGCACUGACACACCAUUGCCUCUGCCCAUCCGCUCGCUACGCAUGCUUGUUGCUCUACUAGAAUGGUGUCCUCAACCAGACGUCCUUCACUCAAGCCGCCUUGGUCCUCAUGGAGCUCGCCGCCUUCCAGGAUCUUCAACGCAAGGGCAUGGUCGACCCUUCAGCAAGCUUCGGUGGCCACUCGCUCGGAGAAUACUCGGCCCUCGCCUCUGUCGCCAAGUGCCUCAGCGUCUGCGACCUCGUCGACACCGUCUUCUACCGUGGUCUAGUCAUGGGUAGGGCUGUCAAGCGCGACGAGCUCGGUCGAUCCAACUACGGUAUGAUGGCUUGCUCGCCCGCACGAGUAGGUCUCAGUGAUGCCCACCUUCAGGAGAUUGUCAAUGCCAUCGAGGCAGAGAGUGGUCGUCUUCUCCAAAUCGUCAACUGGAACGUCGCUACCACCCAACUUGUCCUCGCCGGCGAGCUCAUCUCGCUUCACACUCUGACGCAGACUCUGAACUGGCUCAAGGUCAAGAAGGUCGACGUCAAGGCUCUGGCCCAGACCAUGGACGAGGCUCAGCUACGCGAGCAUCUCAGCGAAAUUGUCAAGGGCCAUUACGCCGCUGCUCUCGAAGACCAGACCAACCAGGGCGGCCGCAUCGAGCUUGCUCGUGGAUUCUGCACCAUCCCUCUGCCGGGCAUCGACGUGCCCUUCCACUCACGCUACCUCAUGGGCGGUGUCGGUCCCUUCCGCAACUACCUGUCCAAGAAGCUCAAUUGGCGCAACAUCAAGCCUAGCACCCUCAUUGGCCGCUACGUGCCCAACCUUGUCGCCCAGCCAUUCCGCACCGACCGAGAGUGGGUUGAGCUCGUCUACAACACGUCCAACAGCGCACGCCUCUCUCGUGUCCUCCGCGACUGGGAGAAGGAAGGAUGGGGCAAGCCAGAGAACCUUCAGCGCCUCACAACGACCCUCGUCAUUGAGCUUUUGGCCUACCAAUUCGCCUCCCCCGUCAGGUGGAUCGAGACUCAAGACGUCUUCUUCUCCGAGCCCUACAACAUCGACCGCCUCGUCGAGUUUGGCCCUUCGCCCACCCUCAAGGGCAUGGCAGAGCGCACGCACAAGCUCAAGUACGCCGCUGCCGAUCAAGCCCGUGGCAAGCGUCGUGUCUUCCUCAGCUCAGCCAAGGACAAGGAAGCCAUCUACUACGCUUUUGCCGACGAGGAGAUCGUCGAAGAGGCUGUUCCCGCACCUGCUUCCACUCCUGCCCCAGCAGCCGCAGCCCCGGCCCCCGCAGCUGCUGCCCCGGCUCCCGCCGCUCCUGCUCCCAGCUCAGGUGGUGGUGCUGCUGCUGAAGUGCCGGACGAGCCCCUCAAGGCUACCGACACGGUGCGAGCCAUCCUUGCUCAGAAGCUCAAGAAGCCCAUCGCGGAGAUUCCGCUUUCCAAGGCCAUCAAGGACAUGACUGGCGGCAAGUCCACUCUCUCCAACGAGCUCGUCGGUGACCUUCAGCUCGAGUUCCCCGCCGGUCUUCCCGACCGUGGCGAAGAGCUGCCCCUCGAGGAGCUCGGAGCAGCGCUCAACACUGGGUACUCUGGCACUCUUGGCAAGCACACCUCUGGCCUGGUGACCAAGCUCAUCAACUCCAAGAUGCCCGGAGGCUUCAACCUCACCUCCGUCAAGAGCCACCUGCAAAAGGGCUGGGGUCUCGGCGCUGGCCGCACCGACGGCGUGCUACUUGUCUGCAUCACGACUGAGCCCGCCAAGCGUCUUGGGUCCGAGGCUGAGGCCAAGGCCUUCCUAGACGCAGCCGUUGCCUCGUACGCUUCGCAGGCCGGCAUCAGCCUCAGCCAGGGCGGCGGCGGCUCUGGUGGCGGAGGCGGCGGUGGUGGCGCGACAAUCAGCUCUGAGGAGCUCGAGAAGAUCGAGGGCCGUCACAACAUCCAUGCCAUGCGCCAGAUCGAGACGCUCGAGCGCUUCCUGGGCAAGGACCGUCGCACCGAUGGACGACGUGCCGAUGCCGUCGCUGCUGAGCUCCAGGCCCUCACUGACCGCCUCGACGUCAUCAAGACGGAGCACGGUGACGCCUAUCUCGAUGGUAUCCUGCCAAAGUUCUCCGCUGCCAAGGCUCGCAACUUCUCGUCGUCUUGGAACUGGUCUCGUCAAGAUGCCAUGCUCAUGUACUACGACAUCAUCUACGGACGUCUCAAGUCCGUCGACCGCGAAAUUUCCGCUCGCUGCUUGUCACUCUUUGGCCGCGUCGACGGUCCUGCUCUUCUCGAGCUGAUGCAGUACACCAUUGAUCGCGUCGACGCCUCCAAGGGCCCCACGCACGAGCUUGCCAAGGAGUUUGGACAGCAACUCAUCGAAAACUGCAAGGAAGUCAUGAAUUCGCCUCCCCGCUUCAAGGAGGUCUUUGCCUGCACUGCACCGAAGACGGAGAUCGACGCAAAGGGCAACAUCGUCUUCCGUGAAGUCAAGCGUGAGGGCGUGCGCAAGGCAAUGGAGGGCUUCGUCAAGGAGCAAGCUCAGGGCACUCGCCCCAGCGGCCAUCAAAUCGACUUGGCCCUUGCCGCUGAGAACGCCAAGCGCCUGUACUCCCUUGUCCGCAACGAGCCCGCCGUCAGCAAGCUCAACAAGAGCACUGUCAAGGGUCUGUACAACGAAGUGGCUCGCGCCCUUGGCCAACCUCGCCAGCAGCUUCAGCCUCCAAGUGCUGGCCGCCUGACUGGUGCCCGCCGCAACCGCCGUACGAGCUCCAACGCACAACGACCUACCUCCUUCGACGCUGCACCAGCCUCGGAUGCUCGACAGCCCCUGCUCUCGAUCAAGCGUCAGGUCGGCGGUGUCUGGCAAACGUCUCAGAAGCUCACCAGCGUCUACUUCUCGGUGCUUGAGGACUUCGCCAGCGAGGGCAUGACCUUCGAGGGGCGCAACGUGCUCAUCACCGGUGCUGGCCGUGGCUCCAUUGCAGUCGAGGUUCUCAAGGGUCUACUUGCCGGUGGCGCUCGCUGUGUCGUCACCACGUCGAGCUACUCUCGCAAGACGGUCGACUUCUAUCAGAGCAUCUACCAAAAGGUCGGCGCACGUGGAUCCACACUCACCGUCGUGCCCUUCAACGCCGCGUCCAAGUCCGACGUUGAGGCUCUCGUCGACUACAUCUACUCGACACUUCAUCUCGACCUCGACGUCUGCAUUCCCUUCGCCGCCAUCCCAGAGAAGGGAAUGGACAUCUCUGAGCUCGGCGACAAGUCGGAGCUUGCCCACCGCGCUCUCAUGAUGAAUGUCCUCCGCCUCCUUGGAGCAAUCAAGGCCAUCAAGGCUAAGAGGGGCAUCACCACCCGCCCUACGCUCUGUCUUGUCCCCCUCUCCCCCAACUCGGGUCAGAUGGGCUUCGACGGCACCUACUCCGAGAGCAAGGUCGGUCUCACAACGCUCGCCAACCGUUGGGCAAGCGAGGGCUGGUCCGACUAUCUCUCCAUUGUCGGCACCAUCAUUGGAUGGACUCGAACCACCCUCAUGGAUGCCAACAACAUCGUCGCUCAAGAGGUUGAGAGGCUCGGCAUGCGUACCUACUCGUGCAGCGAGAUGGCCUUCUCCAUCCUUGGUCUCCUCAGCCCCGCCAUGUUCGCUCAAGCUACCGUCGAGCCCAUCCACGCCGAUCUCACGGGCGGCUUCGGUAGCAUCCCCAACCUCUCUGAGGCUACUGGCAAGAUCCGCAAGAGCAUCCAAGACGAGGCCGCUAAGCGUCGUGCCAUCGCCCUCGACUCGUCCGCUGACUUCAAGGUCGUCAAUGGCGCCGCAGCCGAGGCUCUUCACCAGACGGUCAAGGUCGAGCCCCGCUCGCACUUCCGCUUCGAGCAUCCCUUUGACAAGUGGACGCUCGAGCAGCACAGGAAGAUUGCUAAGCUCCAGUCUGAGCUCACUGAGGCUGAGCUUGAGGAGACCAUCGUCGUCACGGGUUUCGCCGAGGUGUCGCCCUUCGGCUCGACUCGCUCUCGCUGGCAGUUCGAGGCGUACGGUACCCUCACUAUCGAGGCCACUAUCGAGCUCGCCUGGAUCAUGGGCAUGAUCAAGCACCACAACGGCCCGCUCAAGACCGGCAACCAGUACGUUGGCUGGGUCGACGCCGCCACUGGUGAGCCCGUCGAGGACCGCGAGAUGAAGCAAAAGUACGAGCAAGAGAUUCUCGCCCACACCGGUGUUCGCCUCAUCAACCCUUCGCUCUUCAAGGGCUACGACCCUCACAAGAAGGGCUACACCCAAGAGAUCGAGCUCACUGAGGACAUGCCCGCCUUUGAGGCGACUGAGGAGGAGGCUCUCAAGUUCCUCAACGAGCAUGGCGAAAAGGGCGUCGACAUGUGGCAGAACGAGGCUGGCAGCUGGGUCGUCCAGAUCAAGAAGGGCGCUCGCGUCCUCGUGCCCAAGUCGAUCGUCUUUAGCCGUACCUGCGCCGGCCAGAUGCCAACGGGCUGGGUAGCCACUCGAUACGGUGUGCCCGAGGAGCUUGCCAAGAACAUCGACCGCAUCGGUCUUUGGAUGAUUGUCUGCGCCUCCGAGGCCCUCAUCAUGUCCGGUAUCAGCGACCCCUACGAACUCUAUGAGCACAUGCACCCAUCCAUGGUCGGCAAUGCCAUCGGUUCGGGCAUGGGUGGCAUGCAGUCCCUCCAGGCCAUCUUUGCUGAGCGUCGCGCUGAGAAGGACCCGGCCAAGGACGUCCUGCAGGAGUCCUUCAUCAAUGUGCCCGCUGCUUGGAUCAAUUUGCUCCUGCUCUCGGCCUCUGGCCCCAUCACGCCCACCGUCGGUGCUUGCGCUACGGGUCUGCAGUCCAUCACCGUUGCCUCGGACGCCAUCCGCACCGGCAAGGCACAAGUCAUGCUCGCUGGUGGUGUCGACGACUUCAGCGAGGAAGGCUCGAUGGAGUUCUCGCUCAUGCAGGCCACCUCCAACGCCCAAGAGGAGAUCAAGGCUGGUCGUGAGCCCUCGGAGAUGUCUCGUCCCACCACUACCACUCGUGCCGGCUUCAUGGAGUCGCAGGGAGGUGGUGUCCAGGUUCUCAUGUCCGCAGCUAUGGCCAUCAAGCUCGGCGCCCCCAUCCAGGGCGUCGUUGCCCACGCCAGCACACACACCGACAAGGCCGGUCGCUCCAUCCCUGCUCCUGGUCGCGGUGUCAUGACGUCCGCGUCCAAGCUGCAGGCUACUCUGGCUCAGUGGGGUCUCACGGCCGACGACAUUGGCGCUGCUUCCAUUCACGGUACCAGCACCAAGGCCAAUGACAAGAACGAAUCGCACUGCUACCACACGAUGCUCGAGCAGAUGGGCCGCACCCCCUACAAUGCGCUCCCCAUCUCGGCCCAAAAGUCCGUCCUCGGCCACAGCAAGGGUGGUGCCGCCGCCUGGGCCUUCAAUGGCUGCCUGCAGAUGCUCCAUACCUCUACGGUCGCAGGCAAUCGCAACGCCGACGACAUCUCACCCGAGCUCAAGCAGUACACGAACCUCCUAUACCCCUCUGCCUCGAUCCAGCGCACACCUGAGGACCUCAACGCUACCCUCCUUACGUCCUUCGGUUUCGGUCAAGUCGGAGGCAUUAUCCUCACGCUCCACCCUUCGCACCUCCUCGCGCGCCUUUCGGAGGAAUCCUUUGCCAAGUACAGGACGGCCCGUCGCGGUCGCCAGGCCCUUACUUACUCGAGGAUGCACUCCGCCUUCACCAACAACGACCUCGUCCGUGUCAAGCCCGAGCCCCCUUUCUCCGUCGAGGACGAGGAUGCCGUGCUCCUCAACACGAAUGCUCGUGCCACGCGCGUGGGCAACACCUGGAAAUUCGUUGCACCCUUCGCCGCCCCGCCCGCGAAGGUCGCCAUUCAGGCCAAGCCCGCAAAGUCGAGCGCCAGUGCUGCUCAGGAGGCCACGCUGCAAGCCUCGCUCGGCUCGGCCGCAGGGAUUGGCAUCGACAUUGAGGACGUUGCCUCCUUCCCUGCCGACAACGAGACCUUCAUCGCUCGCAACUUCACUGCGGCCGAAGUUGAUUACUGCCGCUCGCAGCCUGACGCUCGCGCCUCGUUCACUGGCCGCUUCGCCGCUAAGGAGGCCGUCUUCAAGAGCCUCGGCGUCUCCAGCAAGGGAAGCGCCGCCCCCAUGAAGGACAUUGAGAUCCUCGCCUCGCCCGAGGGACCCCGUGUCCAGCUUGCGGGUGAGGCAGCCGCUGCUGCGCCUAAGGGAGCCAAGUUCCUCGUCUCUAUCUCGCACGCGGACGUCAAUGCUGUUGCCAUCGCGCACCGCUUGGCAUAGAUUGCAGGAGAGCAGCAACCACGAUGGGUCAGGAGAAGCAGCUGAGGAAGAGAUGGUCUCGUAAAGGGCUGGUAACCCUUCGCGUCUACUCAGCAUCAGCACGCUCGCUCUACCAUCGCCAUCGCUACUCCCCUCACACACGUGCUACGGUUUCCGAUCCCUUCAUCCCCUCUCCCUCUCUCUCACUCGCCUCGUCAACAACCGGCUCGCUCGCGAUUGCACUCGUGGUACCCUUCGGAGGAGUGGUGUCCUCCAAGGCUCGACGAAAGCAGAAGCAAGCAGCUCUUACGACUAUAACGACGGCGAUGUGUAUUCCCUCCCCCUGUCCGCGCUCCGACUCUUUCUCAUCUUGUCACACAGAGCUACAAUAUAGAGUUUCGAACGAAUCUGAAUGAUACAUCUCGAGCAAG